GAGCAGCUGCGGGCAUCCCAGUCUGUGUGCCCGCCAGAGCAACUCCGGGCAUCCCGCUCUGUGUGCCCGCCGGAGUGGCUGCGGGCAUCCCGCUCUCUGUGCCCGCCGGAGCAGCUGCGGGCAUCCCGCUCUGUGUGCCCGCCGGAGCGGCCCUUCUCCGGGCUUCGGAGGCCGUGAGCCCAUCUGUGCAAGGUAAAAUAUCAAGAGAGCAUGGCUCACCUGAGUGAACGUAAAUGGACUCACGUGUUCCCUUUCCUGAUGGUCUCCCUGGUGUACGCUGCCAGCGCCGAAUACUCCAACUGCGGUGAGAACGAGUACUACAACCAGACCACUGGCAUGUGCCACGACUGCCCCAAGUGCGAGCCGGGUGAAGAGCCCUACAUGACAUGUGGAUAUGGCACCAAAGACGAGGACUAUGGCUGCAUCCCCUGCCCUUCAGAGAAGUUUUCCAAAGGAGGGUACCAGAUAUGCCGACGGCACAAGGACUGCGAGGGAUUUUUUCGAGCCACAGUCAUGACACCUGGGGAUCAGGAGAAUGAUGCAGAGUGUGGUCCCUGUCUCCCAGGUUACUACAUGCUGGAAAACAGACCUCGGAACAUCUACGGGAUGGUUUGCUACUCGUGCUUGCUGGCACCUCCCAACACCAAGGAAUGUGCAGGCUCUAACUCUGGCAUUUCAGCCAUUUUCCCAAGCACCUCUGGCACAAGCACUUUCUCACCUUACCAGCAUGCUCACAAAGCAGAUCUUUCAGGACAAGGACAUCUGGCUACAGCUCUUAUAAUUGCUAUGUCCACUAUCUUCAUAAUGGCUAUUGCCAUUGUCCUCAUCAUCAUGUUUUACAUUGUAAAAACAAAGCCAUCUGCUCAAGCCUGUUGCAAGAGCCACUCAGUAAAAAACGUCGAAGCUCAGGCUAACACUCAAGAAGAGAAGAAAGAAGUGCAAGAUAAUGUUGUGAUAUUCUCUGAGAAAGAAGAGUUUGAAAAACUUACAGCAACUCCAGCUAAGGCUGUCAAAAGUGAAAAUGAUGCAUCUUCUGAGAAUGAGCGACUCUUAAGCCGGAGUAUGGAUAGUGAUGAAGAAGCUGCAGUUGACAAGCAAGGGACUCCAGAGAGAUGCUUGUUAUCUUUAGUGCAUUUGGCCAGAGAUAAAUCUUCUACAAGCAAUAAAUCAACUGGGAUUCAAAGUCGAAGGAAAAAGAUACUUGACGUGUAUGCUAACGUAUGUGAUGUUGCAGAAGGUCUGAGCCCUACAGAGCUGCCAUUUGACUGCCUGGAGAAGACCAGCCGAAUGCUGAGCUCCACCUACAACACGGAGAAGGCCAUAGUGAAGACGUGGCGUCACCUGGCCGAGAGCUUUGGGCUGAAGCGGGACGAGAUUGGCGGCAUGACGGACGGCAUGCAGCUCUUCGACCGCAUCAGCACGGCGGGCUACAGCAUCCCAGAGCUGCUCACCAAACUGGUGCAGAUCGAGCGGCUGGAUGCUGUGGAAUCCUUGUGUGCAGACAUUCUGGAGUGGGCACAAGCAAUGCCGGCUCCUGAACCAGCAGGGACGUCCUGACACGCCUGCCUGGGGCCUGCACCUCCACAUCAGAAGUGUGAUUCCAGUAAGCACUGCAUCAAAGACUUUGGACUAAAGACCAUUGAUGCUUUUCCUACACAAUUGCUCACCAUAGCCAAUGGGAAGCUCUUCUCUUUGACUUCUAAAAGUGAAGUAACACAUCCACCAAAUCGAGGGCAGAAAUUUUCCAAGAAGCUUGGCAUGAAACAUGUCAUGAAACAAAAUGAUCGUGUUAAAAAGUUACUGAUAAUAAGCAGAGACACAAACAUCCAUUUUUCAGUCUGUGUGUGAGUGGGAGGGCAAAUAACCCUUCAGGAAAGGCAUUGAAUAGUUCUCUGAAAAGAGAACUAUUAGGGCUCUUAGGGCUUCGUUCAAUGGUUCAAUGGUUUAACAGUUACAAUCAGAAGCAGUACCACACCUACAGUAUCAAUUAAUACACAUUAGGCACAUACAUUUCUAUCUGCUCCAACCAGUUUCUUUUUCUACACUUACUAUGGGUUUGUUGAAUCUAGAAUUAUGUGCAUUAUGUGCAUAGGUGUAUAUGCACAGUCCUCAGAUUGACUAACUAUGCUACAUGGAAAAAGAGUCACCAUAAUUUACAGAUUGAAGUGCUUCAAAACAAUCUACAUAAUGCACAUUAAUGCACUCUUGGUCCAUUCUGACAUUUCAGAAAUUAUAAAUUCAAGUAGCUGACUUGCUGAGGACAGGCUGGUUAGCAAGUGGGCAGUAAAAGUGGGCAGUUACUCCUUGCAAGUGGAGAGCAAAAUCUUCUUUUCUUCACUGUUAAGAAAAAAGCAAAACCAAAACCAGAUUGUCCACUACCAUUAAGAUAUACUUUUCCAAUGAUGACAUCUAUAUAUCAAAUUAUAUUCAAGCCAGAGGAAUUCCAGACAACAGUGAUGCACAUGUGACACAAAGAGCAAAAAGAGUGGAUUUCUUUAGAGACCCUUGAGAUGCGGAGGAAAAAGUGUUUUUAAUGCUAUACUCUUGUAAGCCUAGACCAUGAGCACAGAAUCCACCAGUGACAUUAAACUCAUCUGGAAGGUAAUGCAUUACUGUGAGUUUGUGAAGUACAAAAUUUGACCUAAUUUGGUUUUCUUUUAACUAAUGUUUGAUUUUCACAAUUAAAAUUUAUCUAAAAUUCAUUCAGACCACAGGUCAGUGUCUUCUACCAAACCUAUUUGCCUAAUUUGUAGCCAAAAUAGUGAUGAUGGAUUUCACCAAAUGUAACCACUAAAUUAAGAGAUGUGUCAAUUACAAAAGUUACUUAAAUUCCAAAAUGCAUGACUGAACAAAAUGCUAUUAAAAAUAUUUACUAUUACCCAGAAUUUAACAACCAGUAUUCCAUCACUUAGUAACUAGAUCUUAUUUAUGAUAGUAUCAUAAUUGUGCAAAACAUUUAUCAUCACCCUUUAACAUCUAUAUUUAGUAUUGUUUCAGCACUUGAUUUGUAUAUCAGGGAAGUAAAUACUGCAACAUAAAACCUAUCCCUCUCGUUAUUCUUUUUCCACCCUUUCUUUGAUAUCAUAACACACUCUUCAUUAAUCUGCAUAUGCCAAAUUUGGUAAGAUUUUAACUCUUCUUUCAAUGAUGCAGCAAGCUGCACUUAUUUGAAAUUUAACUAGCUGAUUGAUGUUGAAUUUAGGUGUAAAAUUCUUGUCUUAAAAUCAAUGACAAAUUCAUACUGAUUUCAACGGGCUUCAAUAAGAUUUCUAGAUAUGUUUACAAUUCAGCAAUCUUCAACAUCAUUCUCAAGACCGUGAAUUUGCAGGUUUUACUAUUGCUACUAGAAUUAAAAAGAAACAAAAGUGAAAGAAAGGAAGGAAGGGAAAUAAAAACCUAAGCAUCAAAAGUCGAUUUUUCUUGUGCCAGUGUGUAACUGCAGUGUUAUUCAGUGGACUGCCUCCUAUGUUUUACACACCAUUUACAACAACACAUCACAUAUUUGUUAAAAGGAAGACAAAGAAGAUAGAGGAAUCUUCUUUUUAUGUUUAUUGGGCCAUGAAAAGUUAGGGUUUUGAAACUGAUGGUGCCAAUGCAAACACAGACUAUUUAACAUUAUUUUAUUUAGUACACAGUAUUUUUAUUGUUAUACAAGAGAUGUACAGGAUUGAAAAAGGAAUCCUGUAGGUCUUGCCAAAGCUGACUUUCUAAUAACUUUGUUUAAUGCUGUAUAUAUAACUUAUUAUAUUGUAAAAUAUGAACAUAAAAUAUACUAAUAAAAGAAAGAGGUCAAACACA